GACGGUUCAGAGACAGUUUCUUUCAGUCUCAGGCGCACACCAGACCACUUAACGGCCGCUAAAAUCGAAUGCGAUUCUUCUCCCACUGCGUUUGACCUUUGUAUAUUAUCUAAAGUGAAGUUCAAAGAUGGCUUCAGAUAUUCCCAAAGUCGUGCCGUUGACCUGCCACGGACAUUCGCGUCCCGUGCCGCAUAUCAGUUUCUCAUCCACAGUAGAGGAUGACCAAUACUACCUCAUCUCAGCUUGCAAGGACAACAAUCCUAUGCUGCGCGAUGGCAUAACAGGUGACUGGAUCGGAACCUUCCUCGGCCAUAAGGGUGCAGUAUGGCAAGCGCGGCUUUCAACCGAUGCAAGCAUAGCGGCAACCGCUGCGGCGGAUUUCUCCGCAAAAGUCUGGGAUACCCACACCGGCGAAUGUCUACACACCCUUCAGCACGCGCACAUCUGCCGCGCAGUCGCAUUUCCGAUUCAGCCCUCCCCGCAGGUCGUCGCAACAGGCGGCUUCGAGAAGAAGCUCCGGAUCUUCGACCUCACCCGCAGCGGGGGCAGUAACAGCUCCUCGCCAACGAGUGCUACCCCCAGUGCCGACACUAUUCCCUCAGCAGUAACAAGCUACGAAAUUGGCCCUGGUGUUCACGGCGGAACCAUCAAAUCGAUUGUCUGGAACCAGGACUACAAUAUCCUCACGACUGCAGCCGAGGACCGCAAGAUUAGAUGGUGGGACCUUCGCUCACGUCACCCCGUUGUCGAGUACGCCGUUGAAGGUACGAUCGGAAGCUGUGAACUCAAUUCCCUCGCCGUAAGACCGAACGAUCCCGGCAUUCUUACCGUCGCGGCUGGAAAGUCUGUAUAUCUAUUCGACGGACUCAGUCCCGGUCGGCUCCUUAAGAAAAUGGAUUUCCGUUACGAGGUUGCCAGCGCAGCGGUGAACAAUGAGACGAGCAAGCUAGUCACAGGCAGUGCUGAUGAUACAUGGGCGAGAGUGUAUGAUGUCCGCACGGAUGAAGAGCUAGAGGUCCAAAAAGGCCACCACGGCCCAAUCUGGUCCGUCAGCUUCUCCCCCGAUGGCAAACUUUACGGCACAGGAAGCGAAGAUGGAACGAUCAAGUUGUGGAAAGCUUGCAGAGAGCCGUACGGUCUCUGGCGCUGAGGAUCGGAAAGGCUAUCUGCUCGUAAACAUACACUGGAACCUUUUUUUUUUUACAUCAACCAAGCAGGCCUAUCUAAUUAGGUACUG